AUGGCACGCCGUGGACGUCGUAAGGGGCUCGUGUGGGCGCAUUUCGAGGAGGUUUUGCCCCGCAGAAACCCCAACGCGGACUCCACUGCAGCCUGCAAGUACUGUGGCAAAGUGACCUGCGGCAAGCCGAAGCGCAACAUGAUCCCGCACCUACUCCAGUGUUCGCAAGCCCCGUUGCAAGUCAAGCAACGGUGGCGGCAGGGGCUGCAGAAUUCGACGGUGGCGACUACGAUUACGGACAACCCGCUCCCAGGGGGUGAAAGAGCUGCCCCCACUGAGAUGGGGUCUUUGUCAGUGACUCCGACGCCUGCUGCGCGCGCUUCGGAUGCUCCUCCAGCGGAGCCCGAAAGCUCUCCGACCCAAAAGGAGCGCCUUGAGCUACUCAAGCUCAAGGCGAAGGUCGCACAGUACCAGGCGAGGGCGAUGGGGGCGCAGCUAGAGGCGGAGACGUUGGCUGCUAGGAUCAAGCUGCAACAAGACGGAGUCCCGAACAACGAGAUCGAGUGA